UCCUUGAGCGGAAGUUGCGUGACUUCAUUCAUCACGCCAGAGCCAGCGGCGCUGCGUGCUAAAGCUAGCCUGAAGAAGUUAACCCGUCCUCAGUAAAAUGUCUCACCCAACACCGAGCGAUAAACCGUCCAAACCCGAGAACCCCCGCGUUUUCCUCGAUGUUGACAUCGGAGGAGAAAGAGCCGGCAGGAUAGUCCUGGAGCUGUUUGCAGAUGUGACUCCCAGGACAGCAGCAAACUUCCUGGCGCUCUGCACCGGGGAGAAAGGCAUCGGCAAAUCCACCGGAAAACCUCUGCACUUCAAAGGAUGCCCCUUCCACAGAAUCAUCAAGAAAUUCAUGAUCCAAGGAGGAGACUUUUCAAACCACAACGGCACAGGCGGUGAAAGUAUCUACGGAGACAAGUUUGAGGAUGAGAACUUUCAUUACCAGCACGACAAAGUGGGUCUGCUGAGCAUGGCCAACGCGGGGCCCAACACCAACGGCUCUCAGUUCUUCAUCACGACGGUGCCCACGCCGCACCUGGAUGGGAAACACGUGGUGUUCGGACAGGUGCUGAAGGGAAUGGGAGUUGUUAAAAUGCUGGAGGCUGUUGAGACUGAAGAAGAUGCUCCUGUAGAGCCUUGUGUCAUCGCUGACUGUGGCGAGCAUAAGGACGGCGACAGCUGGGGCGCCCCAGCAGACGAUGGGACUGGAGAUGUGCACCCAGACUUCCCCGAGGACUCCGACGUCGACUUUAAAGACGUUGACAAAGUUCUGUCAGUUGCUGAAGACGUGAAGAAUAUUGGAAACAGCCUUUUUAAGAACCAGAACUGGAAAGCUGCAGUCAACAAAUAUAGUAAAGCCCUCAGGUACUUGGAGGUGGGAGGAGAUCACCUGGAGAAGGAGAGCCAGCAGAAGCUGGUGUCCACGACCCUCAGCUGCCAUCUCAACAUGGCUGCUUGUAAACUGAAGAUGCAGCUGUGGCAGGAAGCCGUGGACAGCUGUGACGAGGCUCUGGAGCUGAACCAGUCAAACCCGAAGGCUCUCUUCCGGAGGGCCCAGGCCUGGCAGGGCUUGAAGGAGAACGGCAAAGCCAUGGCGGAUCUGAAGAAAGCUCAGGAAGUCUCUCCAGAAGACAAAGCCAUCACCAACGAGAUGAAGAAAGUCCUCCAUAAGAUCCAGGAGGAGAAGGAGAGGGAGAAGAAAAUCUACGCCAAAAUGUUUGCCUGAAUCUGGAUGGUUUCUGCAGCUGCUGCAGCUUUUCUGAACUGAGCCAACAGACUCCCCUGAGCGCGAGCCGGAUCCCUCACCGCUGAUUUGAGACUCCGCUGCAUGUAACUGAGCAUUUGGGUUUGUUUAACGUUCAACACUGGCCUGUUCUGGAGUUUAGAUGUUUAGAAAGUGAAGUUGUUUUAUUUAUGCGUCUCACCGAGGUCAAUAAACAUCAGGUGCUUUUCUGUUA